AGCGCGCAUACAAAUUUCCCACGAGACCCUAGAGCUUCGAUUUCUUCUUCCUCCUCUUUCUCACCGCUCAGGCAGGUUAGGCCAGGCCCGGCGGGGAGAGAGAUCCAGAGAGAGAGCGCGGACUCUCACUCCUCCUCCCCUCUUCAGACGCUUCGGGAAGGGAACCCGCCGCGGCUCGGAGGAGGGGACGCGACGCCCGCGGGCAAUGGCGGCGAUGGAGGCCGCCGCCGACGCUAUGCUGGCCGCCGCGAGCCGCGCCUUCUCCAGCGCUUUCGCCAUCGCCGUACAGAUCCAGGGGUGUGGGAUCUGUUUAGUACUUGCUCUCGGAUGGGCGGCUGCUUCAAUUGUCAGAAAAAGGGUUAUAGUGAACAUGAGGCGCAAACAAGUAGAUGGAAAUAGUUUUGCAUUUCUUUGUGAUGACAUAGAUGAGCUUGAGCACUCCAUUCAGGAGAGUUUACCUAGAGUCUCUGUAAUUAUGCCUUUAAAGGGUUUUGGCGAACAUAAUUUGCAAAAUUGGCGAACUCAGAUUACAUCACUUUAUGGGGGGCCACUGGAAUUCCUCUUUGUAGUAGAGAGCAAAGACGAUCCAGCUUAUCAUGCCGUUUCCCGUUUGAUCGCAGAGUACAAGGACAAUCUGGAGGCAAAAGUGAUUGUGGCUGGAUUCUCAACAACUUGUAGCCAGAAAAUUCACAACCAAUUGGUCGGUGUUGAAAAGAUGCAUAAGGAUACCAAGUAUGUCUUAUUUCUUGACGAUGAUGUGAGGUUGCAUCCUGGGACGAUUGGAGCCCUCACAAAAGAAAUGGAGAAGAAUCCUGAGAUAUUUAUACAAACUGGAUAUCCCCUUGACUUACCUUCUGGUAGUUUGGGCAGCUAUUGCAUAUAUGAAUAUCACAUGCCUUGCUCCAUGGGAUUUGCAACAGGUGGGAAGACUUUCUUCUUGUGGGGUGGCUGUAUGAUGAUGCAUGCUGAUGAUUUUAGGGAAGACCGGUAUGGUGUUGUGAGUGGAUUAAGAGAUGGUGGCUACUCAGAUGAUAUGACUCUGGCUGCAAUAGCAGGACAGCACAAAAGGCUCAUAUCUUCACCUCCUGUUGCUGUGUUUCCACACCCUCUUGCCAGUGAUCUUAGCUUCUCCAGAUACUGGAAUUACCUCAGGAAACAAACUUUUGUCCUUGAGUCAUAUGUAUCAAAGGUCAACUGGAUGAUGAACCGUGCAUUAUUUACGACGCAUUGUUAUUUGUCAUGGGGAUUUGUUUGGCCCUAUAUUAUGGCUUUGGUGCAUGUUUUGACCGCUCUGCGAGCACCGUACAGCAAAAUAGUAAAGGAAGCAUCUGAUUCAUCUUGGGGUUUAUACCUAGUGGGCCUCUUGUUCAUAUGCACUCUCAUAGAGCUUGUUUCAAUGUGGAAUUUGACAAAGGUGGAAAUUCAACUAUGCAAUAUGUUGUCUCCCGAAGGACCAAAAGUAUCUCUUGAUUCAUACAACUGGGGGCUUGUGUUCAUUGCUGUAUUGGUAGACAAUUUCCUCUAUCCAAUAUCUGCAUUCCGGUCACAUUUCUCCCAGUCAAUUAAUUGGUCUGGUAUCAGAUACUACUUGAGAGAUGGGAAAAUAAGCAAGAUAGAAAGAGAGAACAGUUCAAAGUAUACUGAUCUUGGAGGGAAGCAUCUAUAUGGCAAGAGGACAUAUCCCCCUAAUAAAUCAUUGCUUGGUUACCUGUCAAGAACUUUAGCGCAAUGGCAUCAGCCGAAGAAAUAUGAUGUGUAGUUAAGCCAAGCAGGAAUUCAGCCCUCAAUUUGAUGGGGCCUCUUGUUGUACACUCCUCUUGUUUCAUCUUUCUCUCCCUCCCUCCCUAUCCCUACUUCUUUGUUUGUUUAUUGAUUAUUAGGUUCAUUCAUAUUAAAUUUUGUGGUGUUCAAGCGGCGCCACGUGAAAGGUUUGCACCUCAUAGUUCUUGUAACAUUAUAGGAUGUGUAACAGCUGAUUGAAGAAGUGAAAUGUGCCAUAUUGGUCAGAUGGUC